AUUAAUGACUGGCGGUAAAAGUAGAUAAUGAGUCGUAAUAAUCAGCCACGUGUAUAAAAUAUUAUUUAAAUCAAAUACGAAAUGAUGUUUUAAUACUUUUUUUUGCUGUUUUUCAUAACAAUCAUUGUCAUCCAUCCUCAUUUAACCUAAAAUGGCUCCACCAGUUAAAAGUACAAAAACUGCAACAAAAGGAGCUAAACAAAUAGCUGAAGAAAAUGUAUCAACUUUAAGUUUUUAUAGAAAUAUGGCCUUUGGAGCAACGGCUCUCUAUUUAACAAUAAUGAUGGUCUUUUUUGAAUUCAGAACACUAACUAUAACUUUAACAAUAUUUUCCGGACUGAUUUACGUAGCAAGUUAUCAAUUUAUGGCUUUCAUGGCCAAACCCAAGUACAAUCAAAAUCAAUUGUCUGAUCCAGGAUCCGAUCUCAAUUUAAAAGGCGGCAUUGCUGAACACGUGAUUGACUUAAUUAUUUUAACUGCUGGAUGUCAAACUUUGUCACUUAUUUCUGACUAUUUCUGGUUGCUCUGGUUAUUGGCACCAAUACGAGCAUUUUAUCUAGCGUGGACACUUAUUUUGGCUCCUUGGUUCUUUUCAGCGCCUCAAGAGCCAGAAAUUGAUGAGAAGAAACAAAGAAAAUUAGAACGAAAAAUGGCUAAGCGUCAUUGAUUUAGUAUAAUUCAGUUUUAUUGAAUUAACUUUUUUACUGUUAUUAUUUGUAUGCUGAAUUUGAAUGAAUUAAAUAAUUCAUGUUCUAAUAAAUUAUGAGAUUAAUAUAAAAAAUUACUCUACAUUUUUA